AUGAUCGCAUCAGCCCCAACUAUCACAUACGAAUCCCUUCGCAACAUCCCUCUGUCAUAUGCCACCUGCUCGAUCGGCAGCAGCAAUGCCGAUACCCUCCCCCGGAAACUUGAAGCUAUCAGCAAAGCCGGCUUCACAGGCAUCGAGCUAUCAUUCCCCGAUAUCAUCGACUAUGGCUCACGAACCCUCGGCCACCAAGUCGCCUCGGAGAACUUCGCCGAGAUCAUCUCUGUAGCUGGUGAGAUCCGAAAGCUCUGCGACGCCAACAAUCUCAAAGUGAUGAUGCUACAGCCGUUUGCGAACUUCGAGGGCUGGCCGCGCGGGUCGCUGGAGCGCCAGGAUGCUUUCACUCGAGUCAACGGAUGGAUCGAGAUUAUGAAAGUUGUCGGGACGGAUUUGCUGCAGGUCGGCUCAACAGACGCCCCCGCCGAGAAAAUCACCACGGACCGCAACCAGAUCGUCUCCGACCUCCGCGAACUGGCCGACCUGCUCGCAAAAUGCAACAUGCGCCUCGCCUACGAGAACUGGUGCUGGUCCACCCACGCCCCCACCUGGAAAGACGUCUGGGAAAUCGUCAAGGCAGUCGACCGCCCCAACAUCGGCCUGUGCCUGGAUACCUUCCAGACCGCAGGGUCCGAGUGGGGCGAUCCCCGGACCAUCUCCGGCCGGAUAGACGACAUGGACCUCGACGAGCUGAACCGGCGCUUCGCGUCGAGCAUGGAUGAGCUGGCGAAAUCUAUCCCGCCGGAGAAGAUCUAUCUGCUGCAGAUUUCAGACGCGUAUAAGCCCACCCGGCCGAUCGAGGAUAAGGUGAUCAAUGGGCUUCGGCCGCGGGGGCGCUGGAGCCAUGAUUUCCGGCCUAUGCCGUAUGACGGUGGGUACCUGCCCAUCGAGGAGGUGGCGCGGGCGGUGCUCAAGACCGGGUUCCGGGGUUGGUUUUCGAUGGAGAUCUUUGACGGGGGGAAUCAGGGGAAGGGGAAGAAGUACGAUAUGAUUCCGUACGCGAAGAAUGCAAUGGAGAGUAUGCAGAAGCUCUUGAAGAAUUGCUCAGAUGAUAAAUAG